AUGCCUCGUGCUAAGCGCUCCAUCGAGGAGUUGGCCAACAAGUCCGACUCGGACGAUGACGACUACAGCGAUCAUCCCGUGCGCUCAUCUCGACGCUCCGCCUCUCGAACCAAAUCCAAGAAGAAGUCCAAGCCCGUCAAGAAAAGGGCCCGUCGCGAUUCCGACGACGACAUCAUCUCCGAUGACGAGAUCUUCGACGAGGCCGAGGACCUUUCAUUCGCCGAGUCCGAAGAAGAGGACGAUGAUACCAACGCUCAACGCAACGCUCGCGGUUUAGUCGCUCGCCGGGCCGCUACGAACCGUCCCCUCUACAACGAACCCGAAUCCAGCAGCAUCGAAGACGACGAUACGGACGAUGACGAACGCCCUAAACCCUCGCCCCAGAAACGUAAGAGUACGGUGGUCACCCUGAAGGUCGGCGACGCAUUGAAACAAAACUUUCAGGGCCCCCGCCGGGUCACUCGGCGCACGCGGGAUCCAUCGGAGGAUUUCCACGCCCUAACGACGUCCGGACGACAUAUGGAAACCGUCGAACGAGGAACCACACGGAGCCCUGAGCUAGAGCGGCGUCGGGGGUCCCGUGGCUCGAAGCGGGCCCCGGUGCUCGAUGAGGAGGAGGAGGACUUGCAGCCGAAGCAGGAGGAUGAAGAGAUGGUCGAUGAGACCACCAUGGAGGUCAAAGGCUCUCAACUCGAGAUUAUGGAAAGCGAUGUUCAGAUCAGCUUCGAGGACGGCAUGCCGCCUGCAGCAGGCGAGGGACAAGAGGCAACCACAGCAGAUGAUGAAGGGUUCGUUCCAGAGUCUGAGAAUGGCGAUGCCAAGGAUGGCGGCGGCGACGAUGACGACGACGAGGAGGAGGAGGAUGAGGGCCCGACGACACGAAGGAGGAAUCGACCCAAUCGCAGCCAGCAGGCAGACGACGAGGCCGAGCAGCCCGAGGAAGACGAGGCUGCACACCCGCGCCGUUCCAGUCGAAAGAAGCCGAAAAGUUCACAACGAAAACGCCAAGACGACGAAGAGAGUGAUUUCGAGCCAGAGGAAGAAGAGUCUAAUGACGACGACGAGAUCUCACAGUCUGGGAAGUCGCAAUCUUCACCACGCAAGGGAAGUCAGGCCCAUGAGGAGGAUGAGGACAGCACCGCCGGCCGUCGCCCGGGUCUCCGCAAGCGCGCCUCCCGAUCCCGGGGACAGUCCGAAGUGGGUGCUGACAUCGCGGAGGAGCUCGCAGAGGAAUUGGAGGAUCUUCGCGGCGGUCGUCCUCGUCGGCGAGUACAACAGGAGAUUGUUUACGAGAAGCCUCGCCGCAGUCGCAAGGAUGUUGACUACCGCAUCAUCCGGCCUGAUCUGAUCCUGCCCAUCGAGGAGGCCGAGAACGAAGUCAAUGAAUCCCCUUCACGCCGCGGCCGGGGAGGCGGCGGCAACAGUUGGCAGCGCACCCUGUUUCCCACAUAUGGGCCAUUCGGAGGCGGCGGGCCGUCUGCCAUCUUGGGGCCCCCGGGCGCACCGGCUGCUACGGGUGGGGUAGACAGCGAUAGCAGUGACGACGAGGUUAUGCAGCAUCCCAAGGGUGGUGCAGGGGGUUCCAUCUCGGGCCCUGCGCAGCCUGGUGCCGGCCUCUUGGGUACGCAGACUCACAGCGCCGAUGCAGCCCAGGGCCACGCCGGGACGCCUGCAAAUCUCGGCAAAGUCAAAGACAAGCAGACACUGGCUGAUGCUGACCCGUUGGGUGUGGACAUGAGCGUCAACUUCGACAGUGUUGGUGGCUUACAGGGCCACAUCGACCAGUUGAAGGAAAUGGUGUCGCUGCCGCUACUAUAUCCAGAGAUCUUCCAACGCUUCCACAUCGUACCUCCGCGAGGAGUGCUUUUCCAUGGUCCUCCCGGAACUGGUAAGACGCUGCUCGCCCGAGCAUUGGCGAACAGUGUCAGCUCAAAUGGCCGUAAGGUGACCUUCUACAUGCGCAAGGGUGCCGACGCGUUAAGUAAAUGGGUGGGUGAGGCGGAGCGACAACUUCGGUUGCUCUUCGAAGAGGCUCGAAAGACACAGCCUAGCAUUAUCUUCUUUGACGAAAUCGAUGGAUUGGCACCUGUACGGUCAAGUAAGCAGGAACAAAUCCAUGCCUCGAUUGUAUCCACUCUUCUGGCGUUGAUGGAUGGUAUGGAUGGACGUGGACAAGUCAUCGUCAUUGGCGCCACGAACCGUCCCGACUCGAUUGACCCAGCCCUUCGUCGCCCUGGUCGUUUCGAUCGCGAAUUCUACUUUCCCCUGCCCAACAAGGAUGGUCGACGUUCUAUCCUGGACAUCCACACCAAGGGAUGGGACCCACCGCUGCCUGGCCCUAUCAAGGAUGAGCUGGCGGAGAUCACCAAGGGCUACGGAGGUGCUGAUCUUCGUGCUCUCUGCACAGAAGCAGCCCUCAAUGCAGUGCAACGACGUUACCCUCAAAUCUACAAGUCUAACCAGAAGCUACUCAUCGACCCGAAGACCAUUGAAGUGACCCCCAAGGAUUUCAUGUUGGCGAUCAAGAAGAUGGUCCCGUCGUCGGAGCGAUCAACCUCGUCGGGUGCCUCACCCCUGCCCCCCUCGGUCGAGCCUUUGCUGCGCACGCCUCUCACAGAGAUCAAGAAUUUGUUGUCUUUGAUCUUGCCGCAGCGAAAGAGACUUACAGCGCUAGAAGAGGCGCAGUUUGAGGAACCGGAAGGAUCAGGGAGCUUCCAGCGCGAACAAAUGCAACAGGAGUUCGAUCGGUCUCGGGUAUUCCGUCCGCGCAUGCUGCUCCGCGGGCCGCUAGGAAUGGGCCAGCAGUAUCUGGCCGGCGCCCUUUUACACCAUUUCGAGGGCCUCCAUGUCCAAGCGUUUGAUCUCCCUACCCUGCUCAGCGACUCGACUCGGUCACCGGAGGCUGCCGUCAUCCAGCUUUUCGCCGAAGUCAAAAGGCACAAGCCGAGUGUAAUCUACAUUCCAAACAUCCAGGCUUGGACUGAUACUGUCGGCCCGGCCGUGAUGUCUACGUUCCUGGGUUUAUUGCGGUCAGUCCCUCCGACCGAUCCUGUGCUGCUAUUAGGCGUUCAGGAGUCGGCAGGUGAGGAUAUGGACAACGGUGUGCUGCGGAACUUGUUCGGGUAUUCAAAGAAGAACUUUUACGAUCUCAGAGCGCCAGGUAGCGAGGCACGCUACGAAUACUUUACUAAAGUGAUUGACUACGUCAAGGCAUCACCUGCACACCUUCCCGACCCGGAGAACCGGAAGAAGAGGGAGCUGGAGACAUUGGAAGUUGCGCCCCCGCCGCCCCCUAAGCCAGCAACGCCCCUCUCCAAGGAGCAGCUCAAGGCGCAGAAAAAGAAAGACCACCAAACUCUCAACCUCCUUAAGAUCCGCAUCCAGCCUAUUAUGGAUCAGAUCAAGAAGUACAAGCGGUUCCGCACUGGCGUGAUCGAUGAAUCUCAGAUUCGCUACCUUUGGGAGGAGGAAGAUCCAAACAUCGUGACAAGUGAUUUGCCGAUUGAACAGCGCACCACCUUCCGGCCGUUUGAGAAGGCUUUCGACAAGAAUGGAGUGCCUGGGCUGCGCGAGGCCGUGUCGGGCAAGUUCUUCUACAACCUCGAGAUAGUCACCAUCGAGAAGCGGCUCUCCAACGGGUACUACAAGCGGCCCAAGGAUUUCUUGGCAGACAUUAAGAGGCUAGCUAAGGACGCCCGGCAGCUAGGGGAGCAGGAAAGACUGCUGCGCGCUAAUGAGCUGUUGUCUAAUGUCGAGGUGGAUAUUGCUACCAUCGAGCAAACCGAGCCCGCUCUGGUGACGGAAUGCGAAGGGGUCUACGUGCGAGAACUGGAGAGAGAGAAACUUGCCAUCGAAAAGGCGCGCAAGGCGGCGGAAGAAGAGGAGGCAGGCCUGAUCGGUCGCGCGGCGGUAAACCGAGUCCCGCACGGCAACACAGAGUCGGGCCCAUCCAGCGGGCCGGUGGUCCUAGGUGAGACGUUCCCGGAUCUUGGUCCGAAGGAGACGGCCCGACCGGUGACCCCUACCCGUCGAUCGACAGUGAGCUUCAUCACUAAUGGCUACCAUACCGGGGGCGGAUCGGACCUGAACGAUCUCAGUACGCAUGCGCUCACCAGUAACGGCUCGCAUGAGGAGCGCCCGGAUGGUGAUGGUGAUACUUACAUGACCAACUCGGAUCACUCUGCCGAAAAGGAAACACAGACGAGUUCGUUUGGUCCGUCGGCGCAGCCCAAACCUCCCUAUUCACACACAGCGCCAUCGCAGCAGGUGCGCCGGGAGUCGGGAAUUUCAAGCUUCUCGCAGAAGGGGCCCAUGACGCCCAUGGCGCCCGGAUCUCAGCCUCACGAGUACACUAAUGAGGCAUCGACGACACAGACGACGUCGGACAAGAAGUCGUCUGAGCAGUCCUCAGUGCCGAAUCCGUACACGCAGAGUCCGGUAGCCACUCAAGGGAUGCGACAUGAUUUUCCCGAUCUCACGCAGUACCCGGACCGGGUUUCGCAGGAGGAACAUCUUCCGGACACGCAACAGGGAGACAGCAGCCAGCCGUCACCCCGACCGGCUGCCGAUAUGGCGCCGCUAGAAAAUGGCCCGGCGCACUCGCAGCCACGGGCUCAGCCGCCGGUACCCCUGUUCGACCACCCAACCAAGCCGGCAGCGCAUGUGCCGGCGGGAAUGCAGUCGCUGCUGAAUAAUGAGGACCUGUCGCCGAAAAUAACGCUGGAUCUGGAAUACGUGCAGAAGCUGCACGAGCAGCUCACACAGCGGACGAGCGGCUGCAGCGUGGAGCAGCUAGAGCAGAUCAACACGAACCUGAUGGACUACCUAUGGCAGACGCGGGGAGAAUGGAAUCGGAGCAAGGUGGCAGCGGGAAUCCAGGACACGUUCAACGAAGUGCUGGAGGACAUGCAGGCAAUGCAGGAGAUUGGGCCGAUCAGCCAGAAGACGAAGGAGCAGCUGUAUCCGCUGUAG